CCUUCAAAUCUCAUCACCAGAUAACCAAUUCAGAUCCAAUUCCAUUCAUACUUGAACUCCCAUCUUUUCGUUCAACUCUGUACUGAUCUUAUCUUUGUCGUUUAUACAAAUACAGUUAUAUAUGGCUCAGAAUGUUUGUGCUAACCAAAAUGGUUCGGUGGAGAGCUUGUGCAAUAGCCAUCAGGAUCCACUCAACUGGGGUUUGGCGGCUGAUUCCAUGAAGGGAAGUCAUUUGGAUGAGGUGAAAAGGAUGGUGGAAGAGUAUCGAAGGCCUCUGGUGAAGCUUGGAGGAGAAACUCUCACCAUUUCUCAGGUUGCUGCCAUUGCCACUCGUGAUAAUGAUGUCGUUGUAGAAUUGGCUGAAUCUGCAAGGGCUGGCGUCAAAGCUAGCAGCGAUUGGGUGAUGGAGAGCAUGGGUAAAGGCACCGAUAGUUAUGGUGUCACUACUGGCUUUGGUGCUACUUCCCAUAGAAGAACCAAUCAAGGUGGAGCUCUUCAAAAGGAGUUGAUUCGAUUCCUAAAUUCUGGCAUCUUUGGGAAUGGAAGUGAAUCGAAUCACACUUUGCCUCAUUCCGCAACAAGAGCAGCCAUGUUGGUGAGAAUCAACACUCUUCUGCAAGGGUAUUCUGGCAUUCGAUUCGAGAUUUUGGAAGCGAUUGCUAAUCUCUUGAACAACAACGUCACUCCAUGUUUGCCACUUCGAGGAACAAUUACUGCUUCAGGAGAUUUGGUUCCUUUGUCUUAUAUUGCGGGGUUGCUUACUGGUCGUCACAAUUCAAAAGCUAUUGGACCUAAUGGAGAAACCCUCGAUGCAAAGGCUGCUUUUGAGCAAGCUGGUAUUGAUUCUGGGUUCUUUGAGUUGCAACCUAAGGAAGGCCUUGCUCUUGUUAAUGGCACUGCCGUCGGUUCUGGAUUGGCUUCCAUUGUUCUCUUUGAGGCAAAUAUUUUAGCUGUUUUGUCUGAAAUUUUAUCUGCAAUAUUUGCUGAGGUGAUGCAAGGAAAACCCGAAUUCACCGACCAUUUGACCCAUAAGUUGAAGCACCACCCUGGUCAAAUUGAAGCAGCUGCAAUCAUGGAGCACAUUUUAGAUGGCAGCUCCUACAUGAAAACGGCAAAGAAAUUGCAUGAAAUGGAUCCUCUCCAAAAGCCCAAACAAGAUCGUUAUGCUCUUAGAACUUCUCCUCAAUGGUUGGGUCCCUUGAUUGAAGUGAUUCGUUUCUCCACCAAGUCAAUUGAGAGGGAAAUUAAUUCAGUCAACGACAAUCCUUUGAUUGAUGUUUCAAGAAACAAGGCACUACAUGGAGGUAACUUCCAAGGAACACCGAUUGGAGUUUCUAUGGACAACACUCGUUUGGCCGUUGCAUCCAUUGGAAAGCUAAUGUUUGCUCAAUUUUCAGAAUUGGUCAAUGAUUUUUACAAUAAUGGUUUGCCUUCUAACCUUUCUGCAAGUAGAAAUCCAAGCUUGGAUUAUGGCUUUAAAGGUGCUGAAAUUGCCAUGGCUUCAUACUGCUCUGAGCUUCAAUAUCUUGCAAAUCCCGUGACAAGUCACGUUCAAAGCGCCGAGCAACAGAACCAAGAUGUUAACUCUCUUGGUUUAAUUUCAUCAAGGAAAACAGCUGAAGCCAUCGAUAUUCUUAAACUCAUGUCUUCCACAUUCUUAGUGGCUUUAUGUCAAGCAAUUGACUUGAGGCAUUUGGAGGAAAACUUGAAGAGCACGGUGAAAAACACAGUUAGCCAAGUAGCAAAAAAAGUGUUGACUACCUCUUCUAAUGGCGCACUUCAUCCAUCAAGAUUUUGUGAGAAAGAUUUACUCAAAGUUGUCGACAGAGAAUACACUUUUGCAUACAUAGAUGAUCCAUGCAGUGCUACCUACCCGCUUAUGCAAAAGCUAAGGCAAAUUCUUGUUGAGCAUGCACUUAAAAAUGGCGAUAACGAAACGAACGCGAACACCUCAAUCUUCCAAAAGAUCGGUGCUUUCGAAGAGGAGUUGAAGGCAAUUUUACCAAAGGAGGUUGAAAACGUAAGGUUGGCAUAUGAGAAUGGAAAUUCUAAAAUUAAAAAUCAAAUCAAAGAUUGUAGGUCUUACCCAUUAUACAAAUUCGUGAGAGAGGAGUUAGGAACAAAAUUGCUAACCGGCGAAAAGGUCAUUUCUCCAGGAGAAGAGUGCGAGAAGGUAUUCACUGCAUUAAGUCAAGGAAAAAUGAUCGACUCCAUCUUCGAGUGCUUAAAGGAGUGGAAUGGAGCACCCAUUCCCAUUUGCUAAUAGCUUAAUCCUUAUGCUAUUCGUUUAAUUGGACUAUAUGCAUUUCAAAUUGUUGAAAGAUAUGAUUACAUACAUUUUGUAUUCGGUAUUGUUUUUUAUUUACAUUAAUUAAAAUCAUUUUUAAACACAA